CAUGUUGUAGUACUAUAAAUAAGCCCAAGCAUUUCCUCUAUCCCUCAUCAUCAUCAACACUUCAUCUUUCACUAAUCAUCCUGAGUCCUCUCAAUCACUUCCAGCCUUCAAAAUGAGCGCUGGACUAAUGGCUUUCUCAAACCUUCCUUCUUACAAGAAGUCCAACGAGAAAUUCAAUUUCAGUAUCAGCAGGGAAUUGCUUCUCAACCCAAACGAUGUUUUAGUGGGAGAGAUGAUUGGAGAAGGAGGCUACUCCAUCUUCUACAAAGGAUUGCUCAGAAACCGUUUUCCCGUUGCUGUGAAGAUAAUGCAACCAAGUGACAAAAAGAAGUUUCAAAUUGAAGUUCUGUUACCAUCCAAGAUGAGGGAUGCCAACAUUAUGAAGUUUGUUGGAGCUUGCAUAGAGCCGCAACUGGUGAUAGUUACCGAAGUCAUGGAAGUCGACACUCUUCAGAGGAUCAUGUGGAGUUCUCAGCCGAAACCUCUUGAUCUAUACGGUAUUAUACUUGAAUGUUGCUGGGCACAUGACUCGGACGCACGUCCUGAGACCAAGGAAAUUAGGCUCUUGUUGACAAUCCUGUUAAGAGUUUCGACCUCAGAUGUUAGUAUCGAUGAGGAUUCGGUGAAAAAACCAAAGGAGAAGAAGAAGAAGAAGAAAGUACUGGUGAAGAUGAUGCGUCCUUUCGUUAAGAUGUUUAGGGCUUGUUACAAGGCAUGAUCAUGUUAUUGUGUUUUCCAUAAAAAUAAUAGAAAGGGGUUACUCUUCCUUCGUUGUUGUUUUUA